AGUAACUUCACUUAGUUCCCAGAGGGAGAACAUAUGUUGGAGAAGAAAGCGAGAACAAGAGAGAGAAGGACAUAGAUGAAGAGAGGGGGAAAAACAGAAGAACAUAGACCUCUCUGAGACAUCUGCGGGAUUUCUCUACCAGUGUGUUUAGGAGUGUGUGAGUGUUACAUUUUAACUGACCUUGUGUGUGUCUCUGUGUGUGACUUUCCCUGGUCAUGGAUAUCCCACUGACCACCCCACUCCUCCUCGCCCUCCUUCUCUGCUCCCUCUCCUUCGUUCACGGGGCCAUGGACUCCUGCUACGAUGACGACGAGGGCGUCCCUAGCCGUUGCAUGCCCAAGUUCGAGAACGCAGCCUUUAACCGCACGAUCAUGGCUUCCAAUGUGUGCGGUUCACCGCCAGAGGAUUACUGCAUGCAGACGAGCUCGACGCGCUCCUGCCACCACUGUAGUGUGUCGGACAUGGGCCUCAGCCACAACGCCAGCCUGCUGACGGACUUCCACACGGACGAGGAACCCACCUGGUGGCAGAGCCAGUCCAUGUUCUACAGAGUCCAGCACCCUAACUCUGUUAAUCUCACCCUGCGCCUCGGCAAGGCCUUUGAGAUCACCUACGUGCGGCUCAAGUUCUACACUAGCCGACCAGAGAGCUUUGCCAUCUACAAGCGGACAAAUCAGGAUGGACCAUGGAUGCCCUACCAGUACUACAGUGCCUCCUGUAGCAAGACCUACGGGAAGAACGCCAAGGGAUAUAUUCGCCCGGGGGAUGACGAGAGGAUGGCGUUGUGCACCGACGAGUUCAGUGACAUCUCCCCUUUGACUGGGGGCAAUGUGGCCUUCUCCACUUUGGAGGGACGACCCAGCGCAUAUAACUUUGACCAGAGCGCCGUGCUGCAGGAGUGGGUGACAGCCACCGACCUGCUGAUCUCUCUGGACAGGCUCAACACUUUCGGAGACGAGUUCUUCAAGGACGCCAAGGUGCUGCGAUCCUACUUCUACGCCAUCUCUGAUUUCUCUGUGGGAGCCAGGUGUAAGUGUAAUGGCCAUGGCAGUGAGUGUGUGUUGGAUGAACAGGGGGCUCUGGUGUGUGACUGCCAGCAUCACACUGCUGGGGUGGACUGCCAGAAGUGUCACCCAUUCUACCAGGACAGGCCAUGGGCCAGGGCCACUGGAGACUCUGCCAACCAGUGUAUGAAGUGUAACUGCAGUGGGCGAGCGGAUGCAUGUGUCUUCGAUGCGGAGCAGUACCGUAGCACAGGGAGUGGGGGGCGCUGUGUGGACUGUAGGGACCACACUGACGGACCGCACUGUGAACGCUGCAAAGAGAAGCACUACCGACGGUCACCACAGGACCUCUGCCGCCCCUGCGACUGUAACACCAUAGGUUCUGUGAGUCUGCAGUGUGGUGGAGAGGGGAUGUGUACGUGCAGACCCAGUGUGACGGGGGAGAAGUGUGACACUUGUCAACCCGGCUUCCACUCGCUCAGCCCUGGUGGCUGCAGGUCGUGUGACUGUGAAACCAGGGGCAGUGUUGGCAUCUGCUCUACGCUGGACGGAGGUUGUCACUGCAAGGAUAACGUGGAGGGACAGGCGUGUGACAGGUGCAAGCCAGGCUCCUUCAACCUGCAGGAGAACAACCCAGCUGGCUGCACGUCAUGUUUCUGCUUCGGACACUCAUUGGCCUGCAGAUCCUCCAAUCACCAUGCGGCUAUCAACAUCACUUCUGACUUCCUUGAAGACCCAGACCGCUGGUCUGGACAGUUCUCUGGGGGACAGGAGUACCCUCUGCUGUGGAAGGAAGGUGAGGUCUACCUGCUACCACUCAGUGAGGAUGACCUGGGCUUCUACAGAGCUCCAGAGAAGUUCCUGGGGAACCAUCUCCUGAGCUAUGGCCAGCUCCUCUCCCUGACCUUCACGGCCGAGGCCCAGUGCCUCCUCCCUCACAGUGUCACUGUGCUUCUGGAAGGAUCUGGAAUCACCCUGUCAGCUGACCUUUCACCCCAACCUGGACUUGUCCACCAGCCAGGCCUCGCUCCCCAGCACACCUUCACUCUCAGACUUCACAAGGAGGAGACAAGACUGAGGCCUUUUCUGUCUGCCUUCGAGUUCCAAAGUCUUCUCUUCAACCUCACUGCAUUCAGGAUCAGCAACGCAGGAGGACACAACUACACGUCCCAACUCUCAGGGGUAACCCUGGCCUCCGCUGCCCACUCCUCCAGCCCCGUUACCUCCUCUACCCCCCCUGCUCCCUGGGUUGAGGUGUGUACGUGCCCCCCAGGGUUUGGGGGUCAGUUCUGUGAGCUGUGUGCCCCAGGCUACACCAGAGAGGUCCCUAACAGAGGACCCCUGUCACCCUGUGUGCCUUGCACCUGCCACCAGCACGGACCCUGCCACCCUGAGACAGGUGUGUGUGAGUGUGCCGACUUCACCACAGGACCGACCUGCGAGCGCUGCCUGGAUGGUUACUAUGGCAACGCGUUGAUUGGCACGACCAACGACUGUCGAACUUGCCCCUGCCCGGACCGCACCAGCUGUGCUCAAAUGAUGGAGAUUGGGGACGUGGUCUGUACCAACUGCCCUUCAGGACAGAGGGGAACCAGGUGUGAGUUGUGUGAGGACGGUUUCCACGGCGACCCCCUGGGCCGUUCUGGGCUGGUUCAGCAGUGCGAGCGGUGCGACUGUAACGGUAACGUGGACCCCAACGCGCUGGGCGUGUGUGAUCACAUGACGGGCCGCUGCUUCAAGUGUCUGGGACACACCGAGGGAGACCACUGUCAACGUUGUCAACGCGGUUACUAUGGAGAUGCCAUGGACCGGACGAUGGCCGGGAAGUGCAAACCCUGCGACUGCAGUCCUGCAGGGACUUCUGGGUUGUUGGAGGACUGUGACCCCCAGACCGGAAGUUGUCAGUGCCUUAGUCAUGUGACCGGGGGAGACUGUGGCCAGUGUUCAGUCGGCUUCUUCAACCUGCAGCCUGGAGUAGGCUGUGAGAGGUGUAACUGUAACCCCAUUGGCUCGUCUUCCGCGGCGUGCCACCCGAUCACAGGGCAGUGUGUGUGUCAGCCGGGACUGGAGGGGCGGCUGUGCAGCACCUGUCGUAUGGGUUUCUUUGGUUUCUCCUCACGAGGCUGCAGAGCCUGUAACUGCGACCCUAUGGGCUCCAGCUCCAUGCAGUGCCACACAAACGGCACCUGUCCCUGCCGCCAGGGCUUCGUGGGGUACAAGUGUGAUCAGUGUGAGCUCAACUACUUCCACAACAGAGCCACGCACCAGUGUGAAGAGUGCCCCAUCUGCUAUGGGCUAGUCAAGGAGCAGGCAGGGAAGCUGAAGGCACGGCUGCAGGAUUUGGAGAAGCUCCUGGCACGCUUCGACUGCCGGAGUGGCUACGGACGCCAGCAUCAUGUGCGCGAGUAUCACGUGCGCCAGCAUCACGAGCGUGGCCAUCAGGGGGAGGACAGCCUGCCCAAUGCGCUGGAGGACUUCCUGGCUAUCCAAGAGGCAAAAGAAGCCUUUGUCAAAGAGUUUGCUCUCCUGGAGAUGUCUACACACACUCUCUCAGCCCAGCUGCACACUGUUACCACAGCUAUGAACUGUAGCGCCAGCAUGGAGGAAGAGCAGGAGGAAGGGUGGAGAACAUUGUGCAGGACCCUUGCUGACUCUGUGUCAGUGGUUAGAAGUGCACGGACCCAGCUGAUGCAGGCCACUCUGGACCUGGACAACAUGGUCAUUCCUUUCAAGGUGACACCUGUGCCCAACCGCUGGAACUCUGCGGUGAACGAAUCAGAGAUACUUAUGAAAAGUCACACAGAGAUGGCUGGUCAUAUAGAGUCCAUAGCGACCAAGGCUUUCAUGGCCUCCAACCAGACCUACUCUCUCCUGAUGGACCUACUGGAGGACAACUCUAUUGAGGAAUACAUCAGCAACCUCACGGAGCAAAUGGCAGACAUGCAGCAGAUAAAGGAGAAUUUGACGGCCCAGGUGAAUGAGACUCUAGCCAAUCAGUUGUCUCUGGAGGAGGAGUCUGCUGAGAUCAUGGUUGCCUUUGUUAACCUCACAUCCUCCAUAUUGGAGCUGUCCAAAAAUUUCCCCAACCCCACAUCAGGAACCAACCAAUUAGACCCCAGCCUCAGAUCGGGUGCCAACCAAACAGAGGGUGUUGAGCUGAGCAACAGGACAUCUGAGCUGGCGUUCCAUGUCCAGUCUAAAGAAGAACUGGCCAGUAAGAUCAAAGAGGAGAUGGAGCCUCGAAUACAGACCGCCCACAACAACAUUGCUGCCGUACAGGACAUGCACAAGCUGACAGUUCAAGCCCAGGGGUCAAAGGUCAUUGCCCUGUCAUCGGUGGUGACAGGGAAGGAAGUGGAGUCAGAGGCCAUUACCCUGCGGAGAGAACUGGAAGACAUGCAGAGAGAGUGGCCUCAAAGGCAGGCCCAGACGAAGGCUGCUCUGAAGAGGGAGAGGCUGCUGAGGGAGAAGAUUCUGGAAGACGUCAGUAAAAAGGUGAACCAGACCAAGCGAGUCCUUAGGCCUGCCUUGGAGAGCGCUACCCUCUCCAACGCUACCGCACAACAGGCAAAACACACCGCAAACGCCCUGUCUAAAGAGGCCAAGGCCACCCUAACCCAGGGCAAGCACACAAGGACAUUGUCUGCCCAGCUCAGCUCAUCUGUAGACAUAACCCUGCAGCAGCUGGCUGAGCAGGAGAACCACACUGUUCACGCACAAACCCAGCUAAACGCAGAGCCUGUAGAGUCUCUGGCCAGUGUAAAGGUGAACAUCCAGACAGCUAAGCUUCAGCUUGAGGCCUACUCCCUCACACUCACCCAGCUCGUCAGUAAAAUAGAUGGGAGCAUGGCGCUGGAACGGUUUGAACGUAUACUGAGUGAGACGGCGAUGCGGUUGAGUGUUCUGCGUGGCAGCGUGGAGAGCCCGGCCCUGAACGGGAAGAUCCAGACCCUACGAUCAGCCGCCCAGGACCAGGAGAGCCAGCUGACCCACCUAGAACAGGACCUGCAAGAGAUCAGACAGGAGAGAGACAGUCUGAAGGACAUUGCCCUGCACCUGCCCCAGACCUGCCCUCAGGCCUCGGGGAUAGAGGGACACUAGGAUCGGGGAACCAGGAGGACACUAGAGCCCUUUUCCAUGCAUUCUACCGCCUUCCUGGUGUAAAACACUCGUUCACACCACUUCAAUGAUUUAAAAGAGAGGGCAUAGGAAGGUGAAGAGAGGACUACUAGGGCCACAGAUGGUGGAUAGGACACUGGUGUUUGAAUUAUUUAGGGGAGAUAAUUUCUCAGUCCCAAAUUGCACCCUAUUCCAUAUAGUGCACUACUUUUGACCAGGGCCCAUAGGGCAAAAGUAGUGCACUGUAUAGGUAUUAGGGUGCCAUUUGGGACACAGACAUAGAUGAGGAGUGUAGGUGGAAUCAUCCAGGUAGCCUUCUUAGUUUGUUCUUCAGUACUGCGGUUGUGCAUCCCCCUUUUCUGCAGUACAGUCACACAGUUCUACCACUUUGUCUCUGUACUUUUCAAACUUUCACUUAUACUAUACUGACCUGGCUGAUACCGUCAGUAGCACUAAAUCAAAUCAAAUCGUGUUGGUCAUAUACACAUAUUUAGCAGAUAUGCAGCCAUAAGCGGUUUUCCAUGCCAUUGCCCCCUUUCAACUUCCACCAUCAUUAUCACGUUCUUUCUUUUUAUUCUACCCCUCACUCCUUUUUGGCUUUAACCAUCCUCUCUCCUGUUCUAGCCUCUUAAUCCCCUCUCUCCAUCCCUCCUUCUAUAUCCAUAUCACCCCUGCCCUGUUUCCUUAGUGUUUAUGUUCAUUCUCAUUUCAUUUCCCCCUUCAUAUUUCCAACAACAUUUUAAGUUGAAUUAAUCUGUGAAUAAUAACAGUCUCCUAGCUCCCUGUUCCACAUCCCACAGUGUGUUCUAUCAAGUUUUAAAUCAUGCUGAUUUUCCACUUUGGGGGAAGGACUGUCUGAGCUGUGGCGCUUCUCCAAUCUGACACAUUCAUUUACACUUGAGUUAUUUUUCAUCAGCCCACCAUAAUUAACAAUUAGUCAUUUUGCCCUCUGUAGGGUUCAGCCUUCUACUGCACACACACACACAGACAGACACACACACACACACAUAGUUUGGGAUUCUGCGUGUGCCCCUCGCUUUUCCUCAAUCUCCUUUUUUCGCUUUUCUCUAAAAUGUUCUACCUCUCUCUCUAUCUUUCUUUCUCUCUCUCUUUCUCUCUUUGAGAAAAUGAUCUUCUCUUGUCUGGCAAAUGGAAAAGGACUAUAACAGCCUAACUGUUUGUUUGUUCUAUGUGGGUACCUGAGGCUGGAAUACCUGCUGAAUUAUGGAAAAUAUAGAAAUGGGACCUCUGCAAAGACUAUGUUCCAUUUCAGCAGGUGAUUGUAUUUUGUCAGACAACAAAUAGUAUAUGAUUGGUUUUGUGUUUUAGAUAAUAGCCAGAAAAAACUGUUGAAAGCAAAAAAUGAUAAUAAAAUGGAUUGUGGGUGUGUGUGUGCGUGCGCAUGUUCGUGUGAUUUUGUAAACAACAUCUCUUUGCAAUAUCUCCUUCUAGCCACAUAUUGGUGCUGUUUACUACUAUUGAAUAAACUAGCACAGCAAUUGCCAUAGACAAAACUGUAUAAUGAACACCUAUAAAUGUAUACUGAGUCAAAUAUCGAUGAUGAAAUUGUAUAAAUAAAAUUGUUAUUACAUUAAUAACUUCA